GGCAACUUUGAAUUUCUUUAAGUAUCGACAUUUUUUAAGCACCGAAUUAUCUGUGUCCUAUUUACAACACAACUAAUGGAAAUGAGUAAAAAAGCCAAUUUAAUUAAUUACUUUGGGGCCAAAUCCCCUUUUGUGGUUUGUGUUGGCCACCCUGCGCGUGACAUUUCCCUAACCUCUAAACAAGCCGGUUGUGUUUGGACGCGUCCUCAAACCCGCUAGUUUGUGUCUCAAUUCGCGCCGUGUGUCACUCCGCGCGCCCCCUGGGUGUCCCCGUGCGCCCCUCUAGCACACAGUGUCCCCCCAUCGCUUCAAAAUCUCCAAAACCGACGACCAUUUUGUCGUAACAAUGUCGGAAAAACCCGCAGCGAAAAAGGCAAAAACCGGCGACGAAGCCAACAAUUUGGAGGACUCCACCGCCGAGGCGGACAUGGACUCGGCCAUAAUCGACCUGGAGAUGUGCCACAACGAGUUGGACAAACUCAACGAGAAGGAAAACGAGGAAGUGAUCGCCUUGGACCAGAAAUACAGAAAAUUGCGACAGGAAUGCUACGACAAACGCAGCAAAAUCAUCGAGAAAAUCCCCGAUUUCUGGUUCACGGUCUUCACCGGCCACCCGGACUUGUGCAACAUCCUCACCGAGGAGGAGGAGGACUGUUUACACUACCUCCGGAAGCUGGAGGUGGACAUGGCCGACAACAACUCCGGCUACAGCAUCAAGUUCCACUUCAAGGAGAACCCCCACUUCGGGAACGAGCUCCUCGUCAAGGAGAUCUCCUACAAACAGGACAAAAUGGCCUCAGUGAGCACCAAAAUCGAGUGGUUGAAGCCGCAGAAGAAGCCGGCGGCCAAGACCCCCGGGAAAAAGCGGACCAAGGACGAGCCCAAGUCCUUCUUCACCUGGUUCAGCAGUAACGACGACCCGGCCAAUGACAAAAUCGCUGAAAUUAUCAAGGACGACGUGUGGGCCAACACGCUCCAGUAUUAUCUCCCCGAUCCGGACAUGGAGGGCGAGGACGACAGCAAUGAGAGCUCUGAGGGGGAGGAUGAAGGGGAGGAGACCAACGGGGACAAGAAGACUGCACAAGCGACAGGAGAUGCGGCUUCAUCAAAUUAAUUAUGGAGUAGAUUAGUCCAACACUGUAUUUUUUUAAUUUUUAUUGAGGCUUAAUCUCAGUUAGUCUAAGUGAGUUUCAUUUAUUUAGUAAUUGUGUAUUUAUGUGACUUUUGUGAAAAUUAAAUCUUUUCUAUGACA